GCAGUCAACUAUAUGUUUCGUGCUCACAUGUCAUGCUUUCAAAAUUUGCAUAGGUUGUUCCUCGUUGGUGCUAUGGAAGGCAUGACGGAUGGGCGAGUUUGGUGGAUAGGUGGCUCGGCGCCGAUGCAGAGUUUGCUGCCAAGAGCAUCAAGGCCCGGGCUAACCGUGGAGACGACGGGACACACGGCCAAGGAAACAGGAACCACUGGGGCUUCAAGGCCAUGAAGGAGGACAAGUUGAAGAGGCCGCUCUCAGACAUGGAGUCGUGGAAGCUGGCCCGCGAGCGGAGUCAUCGCAAGGAGGGCGAGAGCCAGUACUACGGCAAGACCGAGGAGCACCUGGGGUCUUACAUUCAUCACUAUCAGGAGUUGCAUCCGGAUGUUCCUGUUGCUGAGGUCGCCCAGUCUCAGAUCGACGACACGGCGGUGGUGGCCAUCCAGGGGAAGAAGAAUGGCCGGUAUCCGUGUUUCGAUGGCUUGAUCACUCCUUCGAUCUCGUACACAGGCUUCGGGCUACCAACCCGAGCCAGUUAG